CAGAUCAUGCGCACUGUGUGUAAGUUGGCGUACGGUGAUGCAUGGUGGUCAGCGGCGAUGGUGGCUGACCAUGGGGACAGACGUCAGUCGGUGAGUCGCCAGCCUUCCUUCACCCUGUCGGAGUGGACAGACGCCCAGGAGGACCUGAUGGACCUGGAAGCUGAACCCCAGACCCCCAUCUUUGACCUGGGCCUGGACACCAGGACAGAGGGGGACAUCACCACCCUCUCUGUUACACCGGUGGGCCUGCAGGAGAGGAGGGGCUCCAACGUGUCUCUGACCCUGGACAUGUGUUCUCCUGGCUGUACGGAGCCCUAUGGCUACGGAGCCCAGCUCUCCCCCAGAGACCAGACUGCCAAGGAGUACCUGAGAGAGGGAACAAACACACUCAGCCCUGCCCAGCUCCACACACGCGCUAUGGACGACCAAGUCCUACAGGCAGAGUUCUAUGAAACUCCCAUGAACUUUGUGGACCCAAAGGAGUACAACUACCCAGGCCUGGUGAGGAAGAACCGCUAUAAGACCAUCCUGCCCAACACACACAGUAGAGUGAUCCUCCAGACAGCAGAUGAAGAUGAAUUCCUCAGGACCUACAUCAAUGCUAACUACCUACAGGGUUACGGGGGUGAGGAGCGGGCGUACAUCGCUACCCAGGGUCCUACAGUCAACACAGUGGGAGACUUCUGGAGGAUGGUGCAGGAACGCUGUCCUAUCAUCGUCAUGAUCACUAACCUAGAGGAGAAGAAUGAAAAAUGUGCAGAGUACUGGCCUGAGGACUCUGUGUCCCACGAGGGCAUCCUGAUCACGGUUGUCACGGUAACCCAGGAGGACGACUACAGCCUGAGGGUCUUCACUCUGAAGUUUGAUGGAGAGGAGCGCAGCCUCAGGCAGUACUGGUACACCUCCUGGCCUGACCAGAAGACCCCAGACAAAGCCCCGCCCCUCCUGGAGCUGGUAGAGGAAGUGGAGCAGGCCAGAGCGGAAGCUCCGCCCACCAGCGGCCCUGUCAUCGUCCACUGCAGUGCUGGGAUAGGUCGGACAGGCUGUUUCAUCGCCACCUCCAUCCUGUGUAAACAGCUGAGGAGUGAGGGCGUGGUCGACAUCCUGAGGACCACCUGCCAGCUCCGCCUCGACAGAGGCGGGAUGAUCCAGACGGGUGAGCAGUACCAGUUUGUGCACCACGUCCUCAGCCUGUACGAGAAGCAGCUGUCCCACACUGCAGAGGAGUAGAGCACCACACCUGUACCUCCAUCUUAAUGUCACCCUUUAAUGCACAGACAACAACAACAUCCUGCCCCCUUCCAUUUCAGAGGCCCACAUACGAAAAGCCCGAUCUUGAUUUGAGAACUUUGCUUAUAAGACGGAAACUGCUGAGGUUGAAGUUUCAUUAUGCUGCCAGAAAUAAUUUAAAUAAAACAACUGCUAUGAAUGAAAACUAUUUUACUGAUUUGCUUUGAGGAUGAUGCUCUAAAAGUAGUGAUGAUGAAACGUUCUGUCACUUCUAACUCAAACAUUUGUUUUCACACUUGCCAGAGGUCUAUCCAGGAUAUCUUAUCCGGUGUGCCCUAUCAAGUGCUAGUUAACUUUGGAUUAUUCAGAUUCCUCCAGAUCAGAAAAAAUUCAGCCUAUAUUAAAACAGUGAUGUUAAACAAUCGCAUAGUGAGGGGUCACAUGUUUGUCUGAAACGUAAGCAUACCAAACUAUCCCCUAUGAGCAGGAUGAAAAGACAUGCUCACUGGGUCUCUUUAUGUUAAAACAGUACAGCAGCCUUUCAAACUCCUGGUGUAGUCAGGAGUCACCUCGUCUUCAGGGUGCAUGGUGCUCCGUGUUCAUUACCAUUGACUGAGCCAUGUACAAUAGAACUCUACAGAACCAUAGAGGAAUGUAACCAUUAGGUAACUAGGCAUUGUGUGCAGUCCCUACAGUAUUACAGUGUCAUGUGUAUGUGCAGUCAGUCCGUCAUCAUCCAUGGUGCCAUCAUGACCUCACACAGAGGCAUCAUGUGACCACCGAUACUGAGGGGGCGUGUGCAUGUCUCAUCUCCUGGGUUCACACAUGAGCUGUUAGGACCGUCACAUAGUGGAAGAAUCCAGAGAAAGAGGAGUAGCAAAACUUGCCCCUGUUCUUUUUUUUGAAGGUGUAAAAUAGCCUGGGUGCCAGUCUGCAUCGGCUCAGUGACAACCUCUUAUGGAAUUGUCAUGCCUUGACCAUAACAAUGGAGUCAGCAAAAGCACAAACAGGUCUGGGACCAGGAUAGGAGUAAAUCAGAUAGGAGCAGAAAAGUACAAACAGGUCUGGGACCAGGAUAGGAGUACAUUUACAUUUACAUUUAAGUCAUUUAGCAGACGCUCUUAUCCAGAGCGACUUAGUAAAUCAGAUAGGAGCAGAAAAGUACAAACAGGUCUGGGAUCAGGAUAGGAGUAAAUCAGAUAGGAGCAGAAAAGUACAAAUGUAAAGGUUGCGAGAAGAAACAACACUUCAAACUGGAGUUUAUCUUAACCCUAUUUGAUGAUUUUGCUUUCUUUCUUAGUUGUUACUUCCCCUCUCACAAAGGAUGCAUGCUGGGAAAACCUGACCCCCCUAACCCUUCCCAUCAGUGCCCCCUCAGUGGUGUUGGGAGGAUGACACAUCUACUCUCAACAGUAGCCUAAACACAUGCGUGAUGUUAGCUGCCCAUGAUUGUUGUAUAGAUAGGCCAAGCCUAAUCCGUAUGAAGCACAACAGACCAACUAUGGUUGUGUCUCUGAUGUUCAGCUGUAAAUGUUAUUUUCUGUAUCGUGUUUUGACUGUGUUGACUUAAAUGGAUUGCAUGUGCUGUAUGGGACUCUCGUAAGUCCACAAUCAAAGCGAAGUGAUUGGUUGUCCAGCUUUCUGUUGUGUACGGGUUCUCCUAUUAUGUUGCAAUGCUUUUGAUACAGUUUGCUUUUGUGAAACCAACCAGAGAUAUUUUUAGAACAUUUUGAUACAAUCCUUUCGAGUAGAUGCCUUGUGUAUAUUACCAUUUACACCACAAUGGAAUGUAGCUCAUACUGUGGUCAAACCAUUGGUUUAUAUCGCAAGAUUUGACAGAUAAAAAAAAUGUGACAACUAACUAAGUUACCUUACAACAACAACAAAAAACACUGAUUAUGUUUUGUCUACAGUAUUACUUUGAUGCCUCUAGGCUUUGCUUUAAUAUGCUUUGCUUUAUGUGUCCAAGAUUUUAUCUUGUUUUCAGUUUUCACAGAGUCCUUAAAUAUUCCCCAUAUUCAAUUGAAUUACAUAAGGAAAAUCACACUGUGGUUUCACUCUAAAUGUUCACGCUGUAGUUAGGACAUGUGUGGUUUCUCCUCAAUGCCAAUGUCCAUGAGAGGAGCAGCUUGCAGCCCGGGUUUAGAUGUGGUUAACACCUCCGGUACUUAAUAUUCUGACCUACAGUGUGGUUUCUCUUGGUGUGUAACUGAUUGAAUUGGGGCCUGUGACUCUUGGGCAGACGGGCUUUACAACAACAUGAGAAAUAAUAUGAGCUACGUGUAUGGCAGCUAAAACAGUGAUUACGAGUUGUAUGUAAGAAAUCUCUGACAACUUUCAUCUUGAUUGAAUACAACUGGUCAAUUACAGCGAACAUCACCAGGAGACAAUCUCCUUGUUUUGGUUUUAACGGCAUCUCCAGAGGUCAGCACUAGUAUUUCAUCCUCUGAUUUGAAACUGACAAAAUGUUGAGUUUUGAAGAUGUAAAAUAGCUGAAACUUGGAGAAGCUGGAAAUUAAACUGUGAAAUCCUUUCUUGAUAACACUUAUUGCAAUUGAUCCAACAGCUUCACUUUGAGUGCUUGUUUUCUGUGCUGACCGGGUCUCAUUCUCGUGAUUGUAAAAGAAGAUAGGUCAAAUUGAAAUAGCCAAUCCAGUGAGCAAAAUCGGUUGAAUAGACAUGGAAUAUAUGUCUCUUUGGUUGAAAAUAUGUUGAAAGUACAUAUUUUUGGUUGAAAGUAUGUUGAAAAUACGUCUUUUUGGUUGAAAAGAUGCUGAAAAUACAUAUUUUUGUUUGAAAAUAUGUUACAAAUACAUUUUUGGGGAUGAAAAGAUGUUGUAAAAGUGUCCUUUUGUUUGAAAAUAAAUGUAAAGCCAGUUUUCGACCAGUUCUGCUCACUGGGAAAAUAUCAGACUCCAACCAACCAGCAAACAACCUACUCCUCUCCUCUGCUACUACAGUAUUGCUUUAAGUUGUGAGUUUUUGCAUCCAAAUAAAAGUCGAUUUUCAUGAA